CGAGGCGGACGUGUGACGCUCGGUGCGCUUAAAUUUCUGAUUUGUAAUUCGUUGUCGCCUGGUGUGUGCAUAAGUGUUGUAUGUGUGUGUUCGCUGGUUUGAAUAUCGCGCCGUCGUCCCGCAACCGCAAUUGCAAAUAAUAAAAUAAAAAACGCCCCUCCCCCUAAAUAACAAACAAAAAUCAAAUAAGAAAAAAAUAAAUAAAAAACAAAUUCAAACUAAAAGCAAAGAAAAAAGCACAACGACAAAAAGUGAGAGAGAGUGCGAAAGAGAGCGAGAGAGAGCAGCUGCAGCUUUUGAAACAUGUUUACCGAGGAGGGCAUCUUUCCCAUAGGCGACGGCCUGCUGGACGUUGAUGCCGAGCGCUUGAAGGGAUUACUUGUGUCGCAUGACAUCAACGAGAUCUACGAGGUGGAACAGACGCCGUUUGCCAGGGGCAAAUUUGCGGCUGUUCGUCGGGCGAUACACAAGAAUACCGGUUUGCAUUUCGCGGCGAAAUUCCUAAAGCGACGCCGACGCGCACAGAGCAGCGACAAGGAGAUCAAGCACGAGAUUGCCGUCCUAAUGCUAUGCGAGGGCGAGGACAACAUUGUCAAUCUGAAUGCGGUGCAUGAGACGCGCUCCGACACGGCGCUGCUGCUAGAGCUUGCCACUGGUGGCGAGUUGCAAACAAUACUAGACAACGAGGAGUGUCUAACGGAGGCGCAGGCGCGUCAUUGCAUGCGGGAAGUGCUCAAGGCGCUCAAGUUCUUACACGAUCGCUCCAUUGCCCAUUUGGAUCUGAAGCCCCAGAACAUUCUGCUGGCAGGCGAACGCAUUGAAGAUGGCUUGAAGCUCUGCGAUUUUGGCAUCUCGCGCGUCGUCUGCGAGGGCAUCAAUGUGCGUGAAAUGGCUGGCACUCCGGACUAUGUGGCCCCGGAGGUGUUGCAGUAUGAACCGUUGUCGCUGCUCACAGACAUUUGGUCGGUGGGCGUGCUGACCUAUGUGCUGCUGUCGGGUUUCUCGCCCUUCGGUGGCGACACCAAACAGGAGACCUUCCUCAAUAUCUCACAGUGUGCGCUCACCUUUCCCGACAAUCUCUUUGGCGGCGUCUCCCAAGCGGCCAUCGAUUUUAUACGUCGCGCAUUGCGAAUUAAGCCAAACGAUCGCAUGAAUGCCGCCGGCUGCCUGGAGCAUGUCUGGCUGAAGGAUGAGUGCGCGCUGGAGAGACAAAUUUACUUGCAGCACGAUGCAGACUAUGUGCACGAAGAGGAGGAGGACGACGACGUCGAUGAGGAUGAUGAUGAUGAGGAGGAGGAAGAUGAUGAUGUUAUUGAGGAGGAGGAGGAGGCGUUGGAACAGCAGCAGCAGCAAGUGCAGGAGCCAAAACAGAGCACAACAACCACAACAGCAACGACAACAGUUAGCAAGCAAAUAACGCCGAACAAAGCCACCACGCACAAUGGUCACAGCCGAGCCCAUUCGAGCUCCAAGAUACCGAUUGCCACCAGCCACAGUAACGGCCACAGCAAUGGUCACAGCAACAGCAACGGUCACAGCAACAGCCACAAGCUUAGCCCCAGCACAGAGACCACUACAGCCAUACACACACUGCCGCAAACGUUGAGCAUGUCGCCAGCGACAACAACAACAGCAACAGCAAUCUUAAGUGCAAAGCCCACACAGAUUGUGACGCCAACGCGUCGUGCCUCGGAUUCGGAUAAGGAGAACACAUAUACGGCGACGUUUGUAAAGAAACCGGUGGCCAGCACAGCGACCAUACAAAUUGGCAGCAAUGGCUUGGAGGAGUCCACAGUGAUUGCCACGCUGGCGCUGUUUCCCGAUGCACCCACCACGCCCAAAGUCAUACGCAAGACGCCAGCAACGGAGGCAAGCUCGGCGACAUCUGUGAAGGCGCUGGUCAAGAAGUUCCAGCUGGAGGAGCUCGAGGCAGCCAACAACUGUUGUUCGUCCGGCAUUAGCAACAGCAGCGUCCAGCAUUGCAACGGUGUUUGUCACACGUCUGCAUCCCCGUCAAACAGUGCGCAACUGCAGCUGCAACAGCCACGCAAAUGUUCGGUGCCCAGCGUGGUGGCGACGGCGACAACAACUGGCAGCAACAUGCGGCGCAGCAUCAGCGGCAACGGCAGCAACAGCAACUGCAGCAGCAGCAGCAACAACAGCGUCGGUGGCAACAAGACUCGACGUGCCUCCGAGCCGCUGACAGCUGUGCACAAGAAGCAGCAGCAACAGCUGAAUAACAGCUCAAGUCCGAGUCCCAGCAGCAACAGCAAUGGCACCAUCAAUAGCAACAGCAGCUGCAGCGGUGGCAGCAACAACAGCAGCAGCAGUGGCAGCAGCAACAACGGCAGCACAGCAUUGCUGUUGAACACACGAUCGGCAGCAGCGGCAGCGCAUCAUUUGCAUCACCAUCACAUGCAUCACCAUCACCACCAUCAUCAUCAUCAUGUGGUGAUCGCUGCCAAGAAUGCCGCUGCUGCUGCCACCAACAACUUGAGCUUGGAUCAGGGCAUCAUCUGUUAGCUAAGGGCCAAUCGUGUGCGCCGCAAUGCCAAAAGUUUCUUUCACCGCUUCCUCUGCUGCAUGUAACAGUGCCUCAACGUGUAGGCCUGGUGGUCCGAGCCCUAGCUGGGCUAGCUGGAUCACACUAAUCUAAUCCCAAAUCCACAACUAAUGGAUAAUGGAGAAUGGAUGGGGAGGCGGCGGCCUUCGUCUGCCGCUUCCAGGCAAACUGGCUUACACGUGCGGAAGUUUUGUUUUAAUUCAGUUUUCAGUUUCUUAGUUAAUGUUAUUAGCAUCUAGUUGAACUAAUUACCACACUGUAUACCCCCCCUCCCCCCUCCCACUUCCCACUCCGCCCCAAACCUCUAAACGCCGCCUACAUAUAAGAUGAUCGCAAAAUUUAUAUAUAUAUAAAUAUGUAUAUUUAAGCAUAAUGUUCUUGUGCAGCAUAAUUAUGAAUGAGAAAGAGAAAGGGAGUGAUCGCAGCAAAGAGAGAGAGAUGGAGAAUGGAGAAUGGAAAAAAUAGAGAGGGGACCGAAGAACGUGAGCAAGCGAGAGGGGAGAACAUAAAACAUUGUUUUUUGAUCGCAAAAACUCAUUUCAGACAUAUCAGUCCUUGUGUUGUGCGUGUGUAUUUACAUAUGUGUGUGUGUGUGUGCGAUAUAGUUUAUUUUAAAUCGAACGAUUCAGUGUUUCAACGAAAGGAAAAGAAAAAUAAUGUCAAUUCAAGAGAGAGCAUAGCAUAAAUUAUAACAUUAUUCAUAUACCAAAAAAAACCAACAAACAACAAACAAACAAUCGAUGGAGGAUGAAGAGCAAAAAUGCAGAAGUAGAGUGGAAAAAGAAAAGCAGAGAAUUGAAUCGUGGAACGUAAGUAAGAUUCCAUGUCAAAAUAUAUACAUAUACAUAUUAGCAUAUAUACAUAAUGUUGAAUGCCAAUUGGUAAUUGUUUGUUAACGUAAAAUUAAAUGAAAGAUGGACAGAAGAAAGAUGGAAGAUGGAAAAGGAGCUUCGCUUCUAAGGCGGCGAAAGCAGUUACUUAUUAACCAAAUGAAUUAAUCAUACAUAGUGCAUCUAGAGCAUAUACAUACAUACAAAUACGUAUGCAUAAACAUACAUAUAUAUAUAUACAUACUCAUGUGUAGUUGAAGUUGUUCGCAUUGAUUGUUCAAGAGUUACUUAGACGAGUAGAGCGAAGAAGAGA